CAUCUUGCUCUCAAUCGAGAUCGUCGAGAACCGACUCAGGUUGCUGUCUUGUCGGACGUAUCAGUCCGAUUCCGAAGGCUAGCUACCAUAGGUCCAUUCGAUGCCCGUGGAUCUGGUAGCAGCUUCUUGGCAGCGGCCGAGGGCGUCAAAUCAAGGCGGUGCUGUGCGUGGCGGUCGCACGCCUUUGGGCGUCGUCUCCGGUCAUGCAUAGCCAGGGCAGACGGACACAGAGGCAAUUGGCCAGUGGAGGCGGGGAGUGGAUGUGUGUGAGAGAGGAGAGAGAAAGGGCAGGUGGCUGUGCCUGGGCCUAUCUUGACUUUGUGACCCACACUCAUUACUUCAAAUAGCCAGCUAUCCUUGCUACGUCGAGAUCACUUCAACGACAGCUUCACAACACUCAAACUCGCAAUGGCAUACCCCAACUACGGACACGGAGCCCCCAAUUACCCUCCUCCUCAGCAAGGCGGCUACGGCUACGGAGCUCCCCCUCCUCAGCAGCACGGCUAUGGUGCUCCACCUCCUCAGCACGGCGGUGGCUUCUUUGGCGGACACGGCGGGCAUGCUCCUCCUGCCGGCCCUCCUCCGCCUCAGCAGCACUACGGUGCUCCCCCUCCGCAGGCACACUACGGCGCACCUCCCCCGCAGCAAAGCGGGAAUCUCGUCUACCUAGGCGUACCAGUCCCUGCCCCUCCUCCUGCCCAACCUUCGCCGCCGCCGCCCGGAUUCAACGCCAAUGCGGCCGUCGAAAGCAUCCGCAAAGCGACACAGGGCAUGGGCACAGACGAGAAGCGCCUCAUUGAGACCCUGGCGCCCCUCGACGCUUGGCAGAUGAACGCCGUCUUUCAUACCUUCAAGGCCACCACAGGUAAGGACCUCCUCUCCGAGCUCGAGUCUGAGACCAGCGGCUGGUUCGAGGCUAUCCUUCGAGCAAAGGUUCUUGGGCCUGUAGGAUACGACGUCUGGCUUGUGCACCGCGCUUGUGACGGAGCGGGGACGCAUGAGGACAUCCUCAAUGAGGUACUGCUCUGCAGGACCAAUGCCGAGAUGUGGUCCUUGAAGCAGGCCUACAGAGCGAUGUACGGCAAGGAUAUGGAGCGGAUCGUCGAGGGAGACUUGAGCUUGAAGACGAAGAGGCUGUUCACCAUGGCCCUUCAAUGUCAGAGGACAGAGGACUGGGCGCCCGUUGAUCAGGGCUUGGUGCAGCACGACGUCAAGGAGCUCAAGUCCGCUGCACGAGGUGCUGGUACAGACGAGAUCAAGAUUUGCUCCAUCCUCACGCAACGCUCCACCCCUCACCUGCGUGCAGUCGCCCACGCCUACGGGCACAAGACGCACGCACUCCGUGAUAUGGUCCGCUCGGAGUUUUCCGGCCACAUGGAGGACGCCUUGCUCUACAUCGUAGCCACCGUCGAGGGUCAAGGUCCCUACGGCGUGGAGCGCGAUGCCAAUCUCAUCGAGGCGUCCAUGGCUGGAAUGGGCACCAAAGAUGAGCGUCUCGUCUACAGGUUGGCUAGGGCUCACUGGGAUCGAGCGAGGUUCGAGGAGAUCAAGAGGUACUAUGGUGCCACGAUCCAUAAGAAGGGAUUGGCACAUCGGGUCAAUGGGGAGACGAGCGGUGACUAUAAGAGAAUGCUACUGGCGAUCGUGGGGAACUAAGCGCCGGUCCGCGCGCACGAUGAGGAGCUCCUGUUGUCUUGAUUGUAGUCGUUGUUUCAUAUCCGUGCGCUCUCUUGUGUCGAAUACCAAAGAUGACCAUAUCUCGCUGCGCGCG